AUGGCUUCAGACAUUCCGAUCAUAGAUUCGCAUAUCCACCUCUUCCCGGAAUCAGAACUGGAGACCUUGGCCUGGUGCACUCCUGAUAGCCCGCUGGCAAAGCAGCACUCUCUAGAAGAAUACAAGGCCGCAGUUUCGUCUUCUCCCGGACCUGUCAAAGGUUUCAUCUUCGUGGAAACAGACCGCAAAAAUGAUCUCGAAGCUGGGAUCAAGGAUGGCAGCGGCUGGAAGUAUCCCUUGAUGGAGGUCGACUGGCUGAGGCGCAUUGCACUAGGUCAACCCAAAGAUGGAGAGGGACAUACCGAGGAAGAUGCAAACCUAUGUGCGGCCUACAUUCCCUGGGCGCCGCUUCCGAGUGGACCCCAGGCCUUGGAGAAGUAUAUCGAAUUGGUGCAGAAGGAGGCUGGGGCUAGCUGGAAGAAGGUCAGGGGCUUCAGAUACCUGUUGCAGGAUAAGCCUGACAAGACAUGCUUGACCGACGAGUUCAUCGGGAGCUUAAAACUCCUCGGGAGGAAAGGCCUGGUGUUCGACGUCGGUGUCAACCAGCACGACCGUGGCAGGAUUCAAUUAGAAGAGACGGUGGAGAUGAUCGAUCGAGCACAUGAGAAUGUACCAGAAGAUGAAAAAGUCGUUUUCAUUCUCAAUCACUUGUGCAAGCCGGAUCUCACUGUCUAUAAUGUCCUAACGGACACAUCAUACAUUGCAUGGCGUACGGCGAUGUUCACUCUGAGCAAAAGUCCAAAGGUCUACAUGAAGCUUUCUGGAGGUUUCCCUGAGAUGACUGACUCCCUGAAGAAGAGACCAGCAGAAGAAAUCUUUGAGGCAGUUAGCCCUUGGUUGAGUGUUGUCCUGGCUGCUUUUGGUCCCUCGCGCAUUAUGUUCGCAAGCGACUGGCCAGUUUGCACAGUCGGAGUUGAUGAGGCAUGGAGUAAAUGGCAGAAGCUCGUCGAGAGACUUUGUUACAUGGCUUCGCUGAGUGACGAAGACAAGACGAUGAUCUGGGGAGGAACUGCUGUUGAAGCGUACGGCCUAGAGCUUUAG